AUGUGGCACAGCGUUAAAGAGGAUCAAGUUUCUCGUUUAAAAUGUCUGUGUCUUUUGUCCGUUUCUCUCACUUUCUCCUUUUCUGACAACCUUUGUGGACUUCUCUUUCUCAGUCUCUCUCUUCAUCAAAUCAACAACACCAUCAUAAUUCAGAGCACAAUCAUCGUCGCAGACAGAAGAAAAAGAGAAAGAGAUGGUGAACGUGGUGGAAUUGCAGAAACAGCUGCAGAGGUGGCAGCAGAGUGGCAACAAUGUCAAUGUCGACGCCAACGGAGAACUCAUGUAUGUCAAAGUCAUGACUGAUGAACAGUUGGAAACUCUGAGGAAACAGAUUGCUGUUUAUGCCACCAUUUGUGACCAACUUAUUGAGAUGCACAGAACACUCUCAGCUCAGCAGGAUCUUGCAGGGGCAAGAUUGGGAAAUCUGUACUGUGAUCCAUUGAUGACAUCUGGUGGACACAAAAUAACAUCAAGACAAAGGUGGACACCUACACCUGUGCAGCUUCAGAUUCUUGAACGUAUAUUUGAUCAGGGAAAUGGAACUCCAAGCAAGGAAAAAAUCAAAGAGAUAACUGCUGAGCUGGGCCAGCAUGGUCAAAUUUCUGAAACAAAUGUGUACAACUGGUUUCAGAAUAGGCGUGCUCGAUCCAAAAGAAAACUGCAAAAUGUGGCUCCAAGCAACACGGAAUCAGAAGUGGACACUGAGGUUGAUUCUAAGGAUAAGAAGACAAAACCUGAGGAGUUUCUGUCUCAACAUAACAUAACAACUUCUGGAGGAUCCGAAAAGCUGUGCUUUCAGAACCCUCAGGUGUACUCUGAUUUGCAGUACUUGAAUCCUGAUUCCAACAAGCCGUAUUCCAUGUUCCCAUCAGAUGGCAGUUUGAAAUCCACAAGAAAUUUGACUCAUGUGUCUGUUUUUAACCAGGUGCUGUCGAAUUCAAGGAGUGAGUGUGCAGGUGGAAAAAUGGAAGUUGGUGGGACAGUGAGCUAUAAUUUAUUCCACCAAACAGGAGAUUGCAAUCUGGGGUCUGAUUUUUAGUGUGAUCUGCAAAGAAUUGUGAGUGUGUUGUUUGGGGUUGUGUUCAUGAGUUCAUCACAAACUGGAACUCAAUGUAGUAAUAUUUACUAGUCUUUGUAACAUUAUUACUGAAAACCUGUCCACAUAAUAGCAUAAAAGUUUUGCUACUUCA